AUGGAGACGGUGGUGAUAGUGGCCAUCGGGGUGCUGGCCACCAUCUUCCUAGCAUCCUUGGCCGCCCUGGUGGUGGUGUGCCGUCACCGCUACUGCCACCCACACCAUCUUCUGCACCACUUUGACUCCAAACCAACAGUCGACCUGAUUGGCGCCAUGGAGACCCAAAGCGAGCUGUCGGAGUUGGAGCUGGACGACGUGGUCAUCACCAACCCACACAUUGAGGCCAUCCUGGAAAAUGAAGACUGGAUCGAGGACGCUUCCGGAUUGGUCUCUCAUUGCAUCGCUAUCCUAAAGAUCUGCCACACGUUGACGGAGAAACUGGUCGCCCUGACGAUGGGCUCAGGGGCCAAAGUCAAAGCACCAGCCAGCCUAGGUGACAUCAUCACUGUGGCGAAGCGCAUUAGCCCCAGGGUGGAUGAUGUGGUACGAUCCAUGUACCCGCCUUUAGACCCCAUAUUGUUGGAUGCCAGAGCGACCGCCCUCCUCCUGUCCGUCAGCCAUUUGGUACUGGUCACACGCAAUGCCUGCCACAUGUCAGGCAGCCUGGACUGGAUCGACCAAUCGCUGCACGCGGCCGAGGACCACAUGGUGGUGCUGAGGGAGGCGGCCAUGGCCUCAGAGCCAGAACGCGGCGCCCUCAGCGGGGCCGAGGGCCAGAGAGAGCACGCCAUCUAG